AUGACGAGCGCGGUUACGGCUCCGAUGCGCGCUGGCGGAUGGAACGUCAUCUUCACCAUUGCUAACAAGCAGUAUCUAGGGGGCGUCUACCAGAACCCACGCGAGCCGACUUUGACGUUUGGCGACGUGUGCGCCGAGCUGGCCCUCUGCUUUGACUAUCCGGGCGGCGGAAAGUUGCUUGACAAUGUCGACAACACUAGCAACACCGACAACGCUGACAACACUGACAAGUUGGACAACGCUGACAAGUUGGACAACGCUGACGACGCCGACAACGCCUACAACGCCGACGACGCCGACAGCGGCCAAGACCAAGAGGAAAUCAACACAAAUCCAUGGAUCGAUAUUGCCUUUGCGCUCACGGAAACGCCGGACGAGGCAGCUAAUUAUCCAUCCUUCAUCAUGCGCGAGAGGUUUAACGAGCUGGUCCCUGGUCUAGCUUCGGAAAGCGCCACGAGGCGGCGAACUGUCACCUACCACAUUGUUUAUCACAAGACCUGCAAUAUUUCUGGUUCCUUUAAAGACCAUAUACGAGCCAAAUGCGUCUACAACCUUUCUGACCCCCGCCGUCGCCACCACCCCGCCUUCCUCCCCUACAAUAAAUCCUCGACCGACCCUCGUCUCAACAUUAUGCCCCUUCGACGCAAAGCAAAAGCGCGCUCCCAGUCUCCGCUCAAGCGGUCCGGCUCAAACUCUCCCAAUAAACCAGACGACGCAGCCGGUGGCCCUGAUGACCAAGAUUACGACAUGGUCGCCCCCGCAGACAUGGACAUUGACAUUGAGGCGGCUCGCAAGACCAUUAGUGAUUUUCGCAUGGCCUGCAUCGCCCAGGCUAGCUGCUGUGCCAUAUCGGGCGGCGGACAUCCCUGGAGCACGCUGCAGCUCAUCGGCCCUGGCGUUCAUGCCUGCCACAUUGUCCCGCAGCAGCACUACCAUCUGUACCCUUUAGGGGACCGGGGCGAUACCACUCGGGACAGCGCGCGACGAUUAUGCCAGGCAUGGGAGAAGACGUGGAGUCCCGGCAACGGCAUCCUCCUCAUGAAGCAUAUACACGACUUUUUUGAUGCGCGCCUUUUAUCCAUCCACCCAACUACGCUUCGUAUCCGCGUCUUUGUCCCUUUUGGGGACCUCGAAGUCUAUCACGGACGAAAGGCGCAAAUCCCACCCCGAGUUGACCGCAGUGCGCUCGCUCACCACUACGCCAUGUGCUGCAUCGAGAACAUGGCCGCCGAGCGCCCAAAUCUUAUUAUAUCGUCGCUAAACGCCGCCAACAGAAGCAGCUCGGCCAUGAGCCUUGCGAGUCCGUCGAGCGGAGGCAGCACUCCGCUUAGUAUACGGUCAGGCUUCCCCAUGACGCCCUCUACCGGAGAUUCGCUACAGACUGCGCCGCCCGCGGGUGACCCAUCCAAGAGACGGCGACCAACCCGUGAUGGGAAUGAAACGCACAGCCACGUAAACGACGAUGAGUAUUGGUCGGAGGAGGAUGGGGAGCAAGAUGUGCUGAGGGGAAGGAAGAGACAACAACAACAACAACAACAACAACAACAACAACAACAAGACGACUUUGGCUUUGAUGGCUACGUAACGCAUUCAAAUAGUCGCGGGUUCCUAGCCGACGUCAACUGGGAGCUACAGAAAUAUCUUGGGCUGGCCUAA